AAUCCCAAAAAAAAAAAAAAAAGUACCAAUCCAAAAACAAAAAAUCUUAAAAGUCUGCUGGUUUAGGGUUUGUGGUGAUAUAAAUAGAGAUCCAUAUCAGCUGCCCUCACUCCUCUUUCGUUUUGCCCUCUACUGAAUAUCAAUCGUCUCCGCUCUCCCACUCUCUCGCUUAAACCACCAUGGCCGUCACCUUCACAGAUCUCUACACCGAAGCCGGCCUCAAGUCCCUCGAGGCCUACCUCUCCGGCAAAACCUACAUCUCCGGAGAUCAGCUGACGAAGGAUGACAUCAAGGUGUACGCGGCGGUGUCGGAGAAGCCAGGGAGUUCCUUCCCCAAUGUAGGCAGGUGGUACGACAGCGUUUCGUCCCAUCUCGCCAAAAGCUUUCCCGGAAAAGCUGUUGGUGUUAGUGUUAGCAACCAAGCUGCUCCGGCAGCUGCCGCUCCUGCCGCAGCACCUAAGGCUGCAGCAGAAGAUGAUGACGAUCUUGAUCUCUUCGGUGAUGAAACAGAGGAUGACAAGAAGGCAGCCGAGGAGAUUCAGGCUGCUAAGAAGACUACCACCAAGAAGAAAGAGAGUGGGAAGUCCUCUGUUCUUCUGGAUGUGAAGCCUUGGGAUGAUGAAACAGACAUGAAGAAGCUUGAAGAGGCUGUUAGAAGCAUCGAAAUGGAGGGCCUCUUUUGGGGUGCAUCAAAACUGGUGGCAGUUGGUUAUGGAAUAAAGAAACUCCAGAUCAUGCUCACUAUUGUUGAUGAUCUUGUGUCUGUGGACACUCUUAUCGAGGAGCGCCUUACUGUUCCACCAUGUGACGAGUGGAUCCAGAGCUGUGACAUCGUAGCCUUCAACAAGAUUUAAGUAAUCCUGUUUGUUUGACUUGUAGCAAUAUGCACGAGGCAAUUUAGUUUUUCGACAUUACAGUAUUUUGGUUGGAUAUGUUCUGUCAACUUUUAUUUUGUUUUAAAUGAGUGAUUAAUCUAGUCCUUCAUGGUCUCUGCUUCUGUGGAAUGGAUUCGGCAUUAUGAUUCAGGAAUGCCCAAUCCAGUUUUGUUUUGAUUAAUUGAGAUAUGGCCUCCAUUUUUCUU